UACGGAGGCCCGGAGUGUGCGCUCAUGGCGGGCACCUGGAAACUGCUGUGCGCUUCCUUAUGGCGUAAGAGGUUCCACACUGCUGCAGGGCACUACAAGGGCCGGACAGGCGCCGAGCACCUGUGGCUGAUGCGUCAUCUGAAGGACCCCUAUGUGAAGGCUGCCAAGGUGGAGUGUUACCGCUGUCGGAGUGCCUUUAAGCUCCUGGAGAUCAACAAGAAGCAUGGGAUUCUGCGACCGGGCCUCAGGGUGUUGGACUGUGGGGCAGCUCCUGGGGCUUGGAGUCAGGUGGCAGUGCCGAGGGUCAAUGCCACAGGCACAGAUCCCGGCUCUCCUGUUGGCUUUGUGCUUGGGGUGGAUCUUCUUCACAUCCACCCUCUUGAAGGAGCAACUUUUCUGUGCCCUACUGAUGUGACUGACCCUAGAACUUCCCAGAGAAUCAUGGAACUGCUACCUGGUGGGAAGGCAGAUGUGAUUCUCAGUGACAUGGCACCCAAUGCUACAGGGAUCCGGGACCUUGAUCACGACAGGCUCAUCAGCAUGUGUCUGACCCUUCUAGACAUGGCUUCAGACAUCCUGCAUCCUGGGGGAACAGUGCUUUGUAAAACCUGGGCUGGAAGUCAGAGCCAUCGGUUACAGAAGAGACUGGCUGAGGAAUUCCAGAACACGAGGACUAUAAAACCUGAGGCCAGCAGGAAAGAGUCAGCGGAGGUCUACUUCCUGGCCACCCAGUACCGCAGAACAAAGGGCUCUGUGAAGCACUGAAGUUUCUGGCCAUUCUUUUAGAUCUUCUAUCCUGAUUCCCUGUUACUCUCAUGGGUGCUAGGUCCUUUUGAACUGAGAGUAGAGUUUGAGUUCUGAGGAGUGGCAGGGAUCAGAGCUCAGUUGAAGAGAUGAGCAGGACCAUGGGGAGCCAGUUUGGUUUUCAGAAUGGAAAAGAUAGGACAGAAUACAUCUACAGGCGACGAAAGAUAAAACACCAGCCUUCUAUAUGAUUUCUGAGGAGAAACUUAGGUAGAGACUGAAGGAUGUAAAGAGGCAGAUGGAAGAGAAGAUUAUAAUAGGUAGUGAUACAUAUACACACAUAGGCCUUUAUGUAGCUCCCCAGCUGAUAGAUCAGUGAUGGUAAGCCGUCUAGAACUUUCAAUGAUAGAAACAACACACUGUGACACACAUAAACAUAGGUUUGCCACCACUGUCAAAAGUUAGCAUGUUACAGAGGAACAGUGUACGUCUCUUGCUUUCAGAACAUAAUGCAUAGGUUUCCAGUUAUUGUGGCUAAACAGCUUAAAGUAGAAAACCCUGCAGUUUUCAUCUAGGAAUUAAUAGCUCUCUCUGGUGAAUAAUCUAGAAAUAAUUCUCCAGCAUUGAGAGUUCCCAGAGCUUUUAGCGGACAUUUGGUAUGAAUUCAUGUACAAUGGGUGUGUGUGUGUGUGUGUGUGUGUGUGUGUGUGUACAUGUGCAUGCAUUCGCGCACACAUGCUUUGAUUUGCUGAGAAUAUGUAUUGCUGUGAUACUGCAGUCUUCCAUGACCAUAAAGGUAAUUUC